CCAUACAAGUUUACCCGGGAAGACGCUUUGGCGCGGAAUCUGUUGUUGUGACCGAAGAAUUCGUGCAAACAUUGAGAGUCUGCUCAGGUAGACAAAUGGCUCCGGUUUCAAAUACCGACAAAGACAUGGACAGUCCAACCACUGAUUCUGGGGAUGGCUGCGGCCUUGCUGCUACACGCUCCAGGAGGGAGAAGAGGGAGAAAGUUGGGCGCAAAUCAGCCUUGGAGCAGCUGAAAAGGGCCAAGAAGGGAGAGAAAGUGAAGUAUGAGCUGGAGGAGUUUGAGAAUGUGUAUGAAGAAGUGGAUGAGGCUCAGUAUUCGCGCAUGGUGCGAGAGCGACAGGACGAUGACUGGAUCAUUGACGAUGACGGGAUGGGCUACGUAGAAGACGGAAGAGAGAUCUUUGAUGAAGAGCUCGCUGAUGACGCUCUGAAUCAGAAUGCUAAAGGAAAAGCAGGGGGUAAAGCUGGAGAUGCCAAAGACAAAAAGAACAUCAAGAAAGUAUCCCUGGCCAAACCCAACAGCAUCAAGAGCAUGUUUAUGAACAGCAACGUGAAGAAGCCAGCUGAGAAAGAUGUUGAUCUGUCCAAAGAUGACUUAUUGGGUGACCUUUUGCAAGACCUGCAUUCAGAGAAACCAGCCCUCCUCACGCCCCCGCCUGUUGUCACACUGAAGAAGAAGAAAACAAUGGGGUCCCCCAUGAACCCCUUCUCCGUUAGGCCUCAACCCCCAAAGGAGAUGCUGCCUGCUCCAGGGUCAAAGGUGAAAUCAUCAGUCUCUGCGGCACCAUCAGCCCCGGCAAGAAAGCCUCAACCCCAGGCCCCCAAACCGGCCCCUCUGGCCAAAGCCAUUAAAGUGGAGGAUCCAGAUCCAGAGGAAGAAGAGGAAGAGCCGCUGCAGUUUGACGAGGUGGACUUUGAUGAGCCGAUGGAGGUGGGUGACGAGGAUGUCGCAGAAGCAGUAGUGAAGACGGAGGCCAAAGCCAAGCCCGAGGUCAAACCCGCCGUGAAGGUCGAGCCCAAGAGUGAACUGCACGAUGCUAUGCUCAUCUCGGACGUAACGGGAGGCUGGGAGAAGAUGGAGGAGGACGAGGGGGCCAGCGAGGCCCCUGUGGAGGUGCAGGUGGACGCCAGUCAGCUCCCCCUGGUGGACGGCCCCGACGGGGACAAGGUGUUCCGCUUCUACUGGCUGGAUGCCUUCGAGGACCAGUACAGCCAACCAGGUGUGGUGUUCCUGUUCGGCAAGGUGUGGAUCGAGUCAGCCCGAGCCCACGUGAGCUGCUGUGUGGCGGUGAAGAACAUCGAGAGGACCAUGUACCUUCUCCCCAGAGAACACAAGGUUAAUUUGGCCACUGGGGAGGAGACAGACCAGCCAGUGGGCCUAAUGGAUGUCUAUCAGGAGUUCAGCAGUCUCUCAGAGAAGUUUAAGAUCAUGAAGUUCAAGUCCAAGAAAGUGGAGAAGAGCUACGCCUUUGAGAUCCCAGAUAUUCCCACGCAGUUUAAUACUGAGGUGAGGUACUCGGCUGAGAUGCCUGCAUUGCCUUCUGACCUGAAGGGCUCCACGUUCUCCCACGUGUUUGGUUCCAACACGGCCAGCCUGGAGCACUUCCUCCUCAGCAGGAAGAUCCGUGGACCCUGCUGGCUUGACAUCAAAACCCCACAGCUGACCAAUCAGGCGCUGAGCUGGUGUAAGGUGGAGGCUGUGGCUCUGAAGAGUGAGCUGGUUUGCGUGGUGAAGGACCUGUCCCCUCCCCCCCUCGUCGUCAUGUCCCUCAGUCUGAAAACGGUGCAAAACCCCAAGACCCAUCACAACGAGAUUGUGUCGCUGGCUGCUCUGGUCCAUCACCAGUUUCCCCUGGACAAGGCUCCGCCCCGGCCCCCGUUCCAGACGCACUUCUGCGUGAUCAGCAAACCGAAUGACUGCAUCUUUCCGUAUGACUUCAAAGAGGCCGUGAGGAAGAAGAAUGCCAAAGUGGAGAUUGCAGGAACAGAGCGAGCGUUGCUGGGAUUCUUCCUGGCAAAGAUGCACAAGAUUGAUCCUGAUGUUUUGGUGGGUCAUGACAUCUUGGGUUUUGACCUGGAAGUACUCCUGCAGAGGAUCAGCUUUUGCAAGGUACCUCAUUGGUCGAAGAUCGGACGUCUGCGUCGGGCCAACAUGCCGAAAUUGGGGGGUCGUAGUGGCUUUGCAGAGAAGAGCGCCACGAGUGGGCGCUUGGUGUGUGACGUCGAGAUCUCAGCCAAGGAGCUGAUUCGCUGUAAGAGCUACCAUCUGACGGAACUGGCGUCCCAGGUGUUGAAGAUGGAACGUGCUGUGAUUCCUCAGGAGAACAUUCGGAACUUCUACGGUGACUCCCCUCACCUGCUGUACGUGCUGGAGCUCACCUGGAUGGACGCGAAGCUCAUCCUGCAGAUCAUGUGCGAGCUCAACGUCCUGCCACUCGCCCUGCAGAUCACCAAUAUCGCUGGAAAUGUCAUGUCUCGUACCCUGAUGGGCGGGCGAGCAGAGCGCAACGAGUUCCUGCUGCUCCACGCCUUCCACGAGAAGAACUACAUCGUUCCAGACAAGCAGUUCUUCAAGAAGCCCCAGCACGACCUGGCUGGGGAUGAAGACGAGGAUGGAGCAGGUAAAGGGGCUCCAAAGAAGGUGAGGAAGAAGGCUGCGUAUGCCGGAGGACUGGUGUUGGAUCCCAAAGUGGGUUUCUAUGAUAAGUUCAUCCUGCUGCUGGACUUCAACAGUCUGUACCCCUCCAUCAUCCAAGAGUUCAACAUCUGCUUCACCACCAUCCAGAGAGUGGCUUCUGCCAUGCGCAAGAAAACACAAGAGGAGGAGGACGCAGAUGAGAUUCCUGAGAUUCCGGACUCUGACUUGGAGAUGGGAGUCCUUCCCAAGGAGAUCCGUAAGCUGGUGGAGCGCCGUCGACAGGUCAAACAGCUGAUGAAGCAGCCAGACCUCAACCCUGACCUUCACAUGCAGUAUGACAUCAGACAGAAGGCUCUGAAGCUGACGGCCAACAGCAUGUACGGCUGCCUGGGCUUCUCCUACAGUCGCUUCUAUGCCAAACCUCUGGCCGCCCUGGUCACGCACAAAGGCAGGGAGAUUCUGAUGCACACCAAAGACUUGGUGCAGAGGAUGAACCUGGAGGUCAUUUAUGGAGACACGGAUUCCAUCAUGAUUAACACCAACAGCACCAACCUGGACGAAGUCUACAAACUUGGCAACAAGGUGAAGAGUGAGGUGAACAAGCUGUACAAGCUGCUGGAGAUUGAUAUCGACGGCGUGUUCAAGUCGCUGCUGCUGCUGAAGAAGAAGAAGUACGCGGCACUGAUGGUGGAGAACCACGGCGACGGCCGCUUCACCACCAAGCAGGAGCUCAAGGGCCUGGACAUCGUGCGCAGGGACUGGUGCGGCCUCGCCAAGGAGUGCGGCAACUACGUGAUUGGUCAGAUUCUGUCUGACCAGAGCCGAGACACCAUCGUGGAGAACAUCCAGAAGCACCUGAUCGAGGUGGGCGAGAAGGUGGCCAGUGGCGAUGUGCCUCUCAACAUGUUCGAGAUUCACAAGGCUCUGACUAAAGACCCUCAGGACUACCCCGAUAAGAAGAGUCUUCCCCAUGUGCACGUGGCUCUGUGGAUCAACUCUCAGGGGGGCAGGAAGGUCAAAGCUGGGGACACGGUCUCCUACGUCAUCUGUCAGGACGGUUCUAACCUGGGGGCGAGCCAGCGAGCCUACGCCCUGGAGCAGCUCCAGAAGCAGGACAGCCUCACCCUGGACACGCAGUACUACCUGGCCCAGCAGGUGCAUCCUGUGGUGGGCCGCAUCUGCGACCCCAUCGAGGGCAUCGACGGUGUGCUCAUCGCUACCUGGCUAGGGCUGGACCCCGGUCAGUUCCGGGCUCAGCAGCGUCAGCAGCGGGAGGAGGAGACGGACGGCCUGUUGGGGGCGCCAGCGCAGCUGACGGACGAGGAGCGUUACCGUGACUGCGAGAGGUUCUCCUUCACCUGCCCCCAGUGUGGCACCGAGAACAUCUACGACAACGUCUUCGAAGGAGCGGGCACGAUGAUUGAGCCGAGUCUGCUGCAAUGCUGCAAGGUGUCCUGUGGGGGGCGCCCUGUGGACCACCACACCCAGAUCAGCAACAAGCUGCUGCUGGACAUCCGCCGCCACAUCAGGAAAUACUACAGCUUCCUACCAGCUGGCCAUCAGUUAUUUGGAUCUGGGAGUCUGUCCCCAGUUAGUGGCCUCCGAGGCCUGGAAAUCGGGCGCCAGGUGGCCUCCGAGGGCCUCCGAGGCCUGGAAAUCGGGCGCCAGGUGCCUCCGAGGCCUGGAAAUUGGGCGCCAGGUGGCCUCCGAGGGCCUCCGAGGCCUGGAAAUCGGGCGCCAGGUGGCCUCCGAGGCCUGGAAAUCGGGCGUCAGGUGGCCCGAUGCCCACAGUCACAAAUUCCAGAUGAAGUUGGUGAAGUAGCGGCGGAGAGGAGCGAGACGUUUGCGGCGGCGGCGAGCGAGACGUUUGCGGUGGCGGCGAGCGAGACGUUUGCGGCCAGAGGUACGUACAGGGGUGUGUGUGUGUCUUCCAAGUACACACUCAGGCCAGAGUAUUCUGAGAAGGCCCUGUACAACCAGCUGAGCUUCUACAGGUUCAUCUUUGAUUGGGAUUACGCCUUCAACAAGGUCCUCACACCAGAAGACAGAGCGAUAGCGAAGGGCCGCUGGGCGCUGGAGCGUCAGGCGUAUAAGAAGCUAAAGGACGUGGUGGACCGCGCCCUCGCCUCCAGCAGCUACUCGGAGGUCAACCUGGCCAAACUCUUCCAGGCCUUCACCGCUCUCAAGUAGCACCGCUGCGUCUCUCUCU